AUGUCCAACCGAGUUUCCAUUCUCAGCAUCGCUACUGGCGUCCUCGCUACUCUCGGGAGCUCAGCCAGCCUCCCCCUCCAGCGGCGAGGCGGCAGUUCAAGCCCGACCCUGAUAUUCGACCCCAACACCGACCCAAACUGCAGCUGGUGGUGGGAUGCAGAUGACGGGCUUCCAUGCGAGGUUGUGAUCCAAUGGAGUGGACUGACAAUGGCAGACUUUGACAAAUGGAACCCCUCGGUCAACAGCUGUGGAGGCUGGAAAGAUGGCCACUCUUACUGCACUCAAGUGGUAAUCGCCGCCCCAGAGCCUCCGCAGUCCACCAACUUCACCCCUCCGACUCCGACCACCACCACAGCGCCCACGACGACGGCGCCAUCCAACGGCGUCAGCACCCUGGAGCAAUUCCAGCCCGACAUGACGACAAGCUGCAAUAAAUUCCAUGAGGUCGCCUCCGGUGACCAGUGA